AUGGUCAAAGAGAAGCAACUUUGUUUCAACUGCCUAAAGCGAGGCCACAGAGUAGGCCAGUGCAAGUCCAGGGUCUGUACGGUAGCUGGUUGCGGAAGAAAACACCAUACGCAGCUGCAUAGUGAGGUUCCAGUGCCGGCGGAGAAGGCUGCUGAAGGAAGUGUUCCGGAGACGAAGAAGGAACCGCCCACCCAACCCGAACAAACAACGUCAGCUGUCACCUGCACCAGUUUCACCGGAAAAUCUGUACAACCGAACAAAAACGAAGUGAUUCUGUCGACGGCCGUAGUGCAAGUGAAGGAUACUCGUGGAUGCUACCGUUCUUGUCGAGUGUUGCUGGAUUCAGGAUCCCAAUCCAACUUCAUGUCCGAAAAUUUCGUCAAAAUGCUUCGACUGAAGUUGGAUAACGUGCGAGUUCCCAUUGUUGGGAUCAAUGGUGAAAGGCUAACGGCAACACAGAGAACUGCAGCCGAAGUUAAAUCAUCCUGCAACGAGUCGUCGUGGAGUCUGGAGUUCCUGAUAGUGCCACAGGUUACUGGCGUUCUUCCGUUGCAGAAAAUUGAUGUGCGUCCAUGGAAUAUACCGCCCGACCUGAACCUAGCAGAUCCCCGUUUCAACAUUCCAGCUCGAGUAGACAUGUUGAUCGGGGCCGAACUCUUUUUUGAACUACUGAUUACCGAACGCCUAAAGCUCGACAUCGGUCAACCUAUGCUAUGGCGAUCGGAGCUCGGUUGGAUUGUUUGCGGUUCCUACAGGAGCAAUCAGAGGCCAGUGGUGGUAACUACCGUCCAUUGCCAACCGGCGGAAACAAAUUUGGAGGAUACUGUGCAGCGUUUCUGGGAGCAAGAGGAAGUUCCGGAAACGACGAAGCUGACAACCGAAAACGAGCAGUGCAUCGAACAUUUCGAGAAAACUCAUCGUCGAGAAAACGGCCGCUUUGUUGUUAGGCUGCCCUUCCGAAACAACGUAAACCAGCUCGGAGAUACACGACAUCUUGCUGAGCGGCGAUUUCUGCACUUGGAGAGGAGAUUUGUACAGUCUCCAGAGCUGAAGCAACAGUACGUAUCGUUCAUCAACGAAUACUUGGCAUUAGGACAUUGCCGAAGAGUGGAGCAUGCAGGUAACGAAGAUCAUGGAUACUAUCUGCCACACCAUGCCAUUGUAAAACCGACGAGCUCAACAACAAGACUUCGCGUUGUAUUCGACGCAUCGGCGCGUUCAGACACGAACCUUUCCUUGAACGACGUGCUGAUCACCGGACCUGUACUACAGGACACCGACAUUGUUAAGAUGUAUAGGCAAAUCCGGGUCGACGAAUCCGAUUCGCCGUAUCAGAAAAUCCUGUGGAGGGACAACUGUCAAGAACCGCUGAACACAUUAGAGCUCACGACAGUGACCUACGGCACCUCUUGUGCACCGUUUUGUGCAACCGCGUGUCUCAAGCAGUUGGCGGACGACGAGCAAACGGAGUUCCCGAUAGCAUCCAAGGUAGCUCGGAAGGAUUUUUAUAUGGACGACGUACUAUCCGGAGAUGAUGAGCUGCAAAGGGCUCUGGAGUGCCAAUAUCAACUAACCGCAAUGCUGCAACGUGGAGGAUUUCGUCUGCACAAAUGGUGUGCAAACACGCCCGAACUACUCGAACGGAUUCCAGUCAACGAACGUGAAGUGCAAGCGAAGAUAGAGGAUCAUAACCCCAACGAAGUGAUCAAGACCCUUGGGUUACUGUGGGAUCCGAAAAACGAUGUGUUCCUGUUUAGAACGCGACCACAAGACGAAAUACGAGAGUUCAAUACGAAGCGCACCGUUCUAUCAGAUACAGCGAAAAUCUUUGACCCUCUUGGGCUUUUGGAACCAGUUACUGUCGUGACCAAGCUUUUCAUACAAGAGCUUUGGGCCCGCGGCGUGAACUGGGACGAACGAUUGACGACAGAUCAGGAAGCCAGGUGGAGAAGGUUUACGCAAGACCUGCAGCGCAUCAACGAAUUGCAAAUACCGAGAAGGGCUCUCGCAGACGAUGCAACCGCUUUCGAAAUUCAUGGCUUCUCUGAUGCCAGCCAGAAAGCAUACGGCGCGUGUGUGUAUUUGAGGAGCGUUAAGCGAGAUGGCACAGCUGCCAUGCAUUUGUUGAGCAGCAAAACCCGAGUGGCACCAUUGCCGAAAAAGCCCGGCAGCAAACGGAGCGGCAAACCGUUCACUAUACCCAGAGCGGAGCUGUGUGGUGCUCAUUUGAUGGCGAAAUUGGUAGCUGCGAUAAUUGAGCACCUGGAUCUAGAAGUCCACGCAAUCGUACUGUGGUGCGACUCGCAGAUUGUGCUAUGUUGGCUGAACAAAUCUCCGGAUACCCUGGAGGUUUUUGUUGGCAACAAGGUUCGAGAAAUCAAACAGCUAACGGACGGUUUUGAAUGGCGAUACAUCAAUACGAAACAAAAUCCAGCAGACUUGGCAUCUCGUGGGCUGCGUUCAUCGGAGUUGCAGCAGUCUACCAUCUGGUGGCACGGUCCGUCGAUGCUACAAAACGCUGACUACACGUACCAACACAUCGAGCAACCCCCCUGCAACGAUUACGAACUUGCAGCUUUGGUCCACGUGUCGGUUCAGGUGCAACCAUGUGAGCUGUUAACAAGGUAUAGUGAUUUCCGCCGUCUUCAGCGCAUUGUGGCCUACAUAUAUCGGUUCCUGGACAACUGCAGGCAGAAGGACGGUACCCGAAGGCGUACAGGAUUUUUGACGGUAAUUGAAUUGCGUUCCGCAACGCAAAAAAUUAUCUCGCUGGCUCAACUUGAAGGCUUCGCAGACGAGUUCCGGAUGCUGAGGAGCGGCCAAACGGCGAAAAGCAAGCUAUUGGCGUUAGACCCGUUCAUCGAUCGUGAAGGAAUGCUGAGAGUUGGUGGCCGCUUGAAACACGCUAAUAUUUCAUUCGGCAAGAAACACCAGUUGCUGCUACCACGCAGUCACCAUGUGACAAAGAUUUUGAUCGCGGCGCUACACAAGGACCAUCUUCAUAUCGGACAACAAGGAUUACUGGCAAUAGUACGUCAACGCUAUUGGCCGGUCCGAGCCAAAUGCACCAUCCGGCAAAUAGUGAAGAAAUGCGUCCGGUGCUUUCGAAUGAAUCCUCCUGAAGUUGUGCAGUUUAUGGGAGCGUUGCCGGAUUAUCGGGUGAACCCCUCGCCGGUCUUCUACAGCACGGGAAUAGACUAUGCAGGGCCAUUCUUCGUCCGGCAAGGUCGUCGAGCAGCGAAAGUGAAGGCAUACGUGGCGUUGUUCAUUUGUAUGAGCACCAAGGCUAUACAUUUGGAACUUGUGUCGGAUCUCACCAGUGCAGCAUUCUUGGCGGCCUUGCAUAGAUUCGUCGGACGUCGUGGAUGUCCGGAGAAAUUGGUAUCAGAUAACGCAACCAACUUCAAAGGCGCCCAUUCGGAGUUACAGGAGCUCUACAAACUGCUCCAGUCGCAACAACUGCAGGACGAAGUCGAUCGCUUCUGUGCAGCCAAGGAGAUCCAGUGGUCCUUCAUACCGCCCCGAUCGCCGAACUUCGGGGGUAUAUGGGAGGCUGGAGUCAAGGCGGCGAAAUCCCACCUCAAGGUGAUUUUGUGUGAGGCAUCCUUGACCUAUGAAGAAAUGAACACGGUGUUAGUUCAAAUAGAAGCAAUAUUAAAUUCCAGGCCCCUAACGCAAAUCUCCAAUGACGCCAAUGACCUAACUGCAUUGACACCGGGUCACUUUUUGGUGGGCCGUGAAUUAACAGCAGUUCCUGAGCCGAGCUACGGUAACGUGCGAGUAUCGUCUUUGUCCAGAUGGCAGCACUUACAGAAGUUGAAGCAAGAUUUUUGGGCUAGAUGGUCAGCAGAAUACCUGAGCGAAUUGCAGCCGAGGAGUAAGUGGUAUAAGGACAAGGUAACCGUUCGUCCAGGAAUGCUGGUGGUAAUAAGGGAAGACAACAUGGCACCUCAACUGUGGCACCUUGGCCGCAUAACGGAGGUUACACCAGGUGCUGAAGGCUUGGUCCGCGUGGUAAAGAUUCGUACGGCAAAUGGAGAAGUAACCCGAUCAGUCAGCAAGAUUGCGAUUUUGCCCAUUGAGGAUAACACGUUUCCAGCGAAGGAGUGA